CAAUACCUAUAUCUCCCUCAGUGGCAGGUCAUUGCUUGCCUGCACUGCGCAAGCUGCGUGCGCCCAGGUAAGGAAGCCAUUACUCGACACCUGUACAAGCACAGCGUGUGUAAGCCAGAACUGACAGUGCUUGUCAACCUGCUGGAUGAUUACGAGGUGCUUGGCCCUCAAGCGCCACGCACAGAGUGGCCCACAGCUGUCAUCAAAGAGCUUGCUGUCCAUGACGGCUACCAGUGUACCUUUGGAUGCACAGAUGCCUUUAGGACACUUGACAAGGUCAAGCUGCACAUUGCUCAUGCGCACUCAUCAGAGUCAGCCAGAUCUGCUGAUGCGCCGCUUUGGAGACGGUGCACGGUGCAGACUUUUUACUCUGACAAACAAGCAGUGCGCUACUUUGCUGUAGCGCUGCCUCCCACGCCUGGUCCCACUCAGUCGCAACAUGUGCCUCUGGCUGAGGAGGCCUUCUUUGAUGCGCUCCAAGCAGACAAGCAGGAGGCUGAGCGUGAUGCGCAAGAGCACGCCCAGCGCAUUCAUGGCUUUGGUGCACACCACUCUGGUGCGGUGCCAUGGCUACAAAACACUGGCAUUGAGAAGCAUGUGUGUGGUCUCCACAAGCAGGAGAUCCAAGCUUCCUUUGCGCUUCCAACCAGCAAGACUGAAGCGCAGCUGGAGCGCAUCCUAGUUGCCCUGGAGUGGGUGCUGCGUGACACGCACACUCAGUGCAUCAGCGAGUGGUCCUCCAAACUGACUUGGCAGCGCAAGCUAGCGCUCAGUCACUUCCGCACGGUGGAAGUUGCUGGCACUGUCCACCGUGCUUGGGAUCCAAUCAAGAUGCCAGACACGCUCACAGACUACAUCAGACACUGGAAGCAGCUCAUUGCGUACUACUUCCGCAUUGUGCAUGAGGGAAAGGUGCACUUCAGCGCUGGCAGUGGAGAGCACACGACACCAGAUGAGCUGGUUCAGGCCACAGAUGAGCAGCGCUUUGCAUGGGAUCUGGUCUUGGAAGAGAGCAAGAACACUCCUAUUGCAUCCUUUCUCUCGGACGCAGUGCACUCUUUCUGCAUGACGCUCAUCCAGCAUCACACUGGUACGCGCCCCUUUGCCUCUCCACUACUCAGCUUUGUGGCCAUGCACGCCAUUGAGGUCAAGACAGGGGCGUGGAAGUCAGCAGGCGUGUUCAGCAGCUUUCUCUCUGGAUUGAUUUGGGUGGCGCAGCUCAUGAUCUUCCGAGAAGCAAUCUCUGGUGAUGCAGAAGACGAGAAGGUCCUGGACACCAUCAACGCCAACGUCAGUGCAUACAUGCAGCCAGACAAGGAGACAGUCUUUGGUGAGGUGCUUCACUGGCGCUCACUGUGCUUCGAGGUAGCACGGCAUGAGAUUGGCCCACAGCAAGCCUACUGGGAUGAAGACAAGCAGGGGCUCACGUACAAGAGCAUCCACCUCAAGCUCACGGAUGUUGGGCUCAUCUUUAAGCAUCAGAUGGGUCGAGCAAGACAGCUGCUUUCUGCUGAUUUGCUGUUUGGCAGCAAUGGUCCUGCGCAGGUGCAGGCCUCUAUGCUGAAGGACAGCCUAGACCGGCGUGAUGUUGGCUGGUUCUUUGCCAAGCAUGAGGAGAAUGCAACACUUCUUGGUGGCGCACAUCUGACGUUGGUCCAGGCCAUCAAGCGCACACCUGCACUGCAGGCAGUGUAUCUGGACAAGUCUGCUGCGCUGUACAAGUGGAGCGCAAAUGCCGUGCAGCUUUAUCAAGAGCAUGCACACCGCUUCCUCAGCUCACUGGCGGUGCUCAUCCACAUGACUUCUGGUCAGCCGCUGCGUGAACCAGAGCUGUUCUCUAUUCAGUGGCGCAACACACAGCAGAAGCGCAACAUUGGCAUCAAGGAUGGACGUGUGAUGAUCCAUACGUGGUACCACAAGGGCCAGCAGCAGACGGGCAUGCACAAGCACAAUGUGCGCUUCUUGCACGCAGAGGUUGGCAAUCUACUCGUCAACUACUUGGUCUACGUGGCGCCCUUCCUGGAGACUCUGUUGCGCACCAGUCAGCCCAAGGCGCUUGUGUCCGAGUAUCUCUGGGUCAAGCAGAAUGUCAUCUGGAAGGAGAACAGUCUAUCUCAGGCCAUGGUGGCAGCGUGCGUCAGUGCUGGUGCGCCAACUCUGCGCAUUGCCAGCUGGAGGCAGAUCACCGUGAGCAUGGUCAAGGUCUUGAUCUCAGAUGUCGACCGCCGCUACUUUGAUAUUUCAGAGCAUGACCAAGAGGAUGAGGAGCUCGAUGAAGAGGCGCGUGCAAUGCACUGGCAGGCUAAUCACUCGUCACGCACCGCCAACCGCCAGUAUGCCAACAUGCAUGGUGCUGGUCUUGGUCGCACGUAUGAUGGGCUCAUCCAGCGUGGUCUGCAGGCGUCUGUUGCCUGGCACGUGCUCUGGAAGCUGGAUCAAGUGCUUGCUCAGCCAGGUUCAAAGCGCAGCGCAGAUGAUGCUGACUUGGAAGAAUCAGGUGCGCAGCGCCAAGCACUGGAGGCAGUUUGCUCGACACAAGAGCAGAUCAUUGCAGUCUUGCCAACAGGCGCUGGAAAGAGCCUGCUCUUCAUGCUUCCAUCUACCUUUCCAGGCGCUGGCAUCACCGUGGUGGUGCUGCCCUUUGUUGCGCUCAGGAUCAACAUGCUGCAGCGCGUGCAGGAGCUGGGUCUCAAGUAUGCAGUGUGGAGCGCAGCAACCCCAGAGGUUGAGGCGCCACUGGUCUUUGUCAUGGCAGAAGCAGCAGCCACUGAUGCCUUCCGCAUGUACCUGGCCAUGCUGGACGCUCAGAAGAGGCUGGACAGGAUUGUCUUGGAUGAAGCGCAUCUCACCGUCACUGCCAGCAGCUACCGUACCAAGAUGCAGGAGCUGUCUCUGCUGCGCUCCUACAAGACGCAGUUUGUCUACCUCACUGCCACGCUGCCGCCGUCCAUGCAAAAGAUGUUUGAAGAGCGGCAUCACCUCAGCAAGCCCAAAGUCAUACGCGCACCAAGCAACCGUCCAAAUGUUGCCUAUGCAGUCACUCAGCUCAAGGCUGGUGCGCACUUGGUUACAGAGGUAGCUGCGCGGGCCAAGCAUGCAUGGAACACAGAGUCCAGCUUUGACGGCAACAAGGACAAGAUCAUCAUCUUUGUGCGGGAUCUCAGCACAGCAGAGGAGUUGUCGCAGAGACUUGGCUGUCCUCAGUACACGGCGGGCGCAGCAAACAGGGCAGAGGACAAGGCAUCAAUCUUGCACAACUGGCUCAGCUCUGCAGCGCAACCGUUCAUGGUCGCCACCUCUGCCCUUGGCACUGGCUUUGACUACGCUCAUGUGCGCAUAGUCAUUCAUGCAGGAGAGCCGUACUCUCUCAUUGACUUUGCGCAAGAGUCAGGGCGCGCUGGGCGGGAUCUCAAGCCAGCGUACUCUCUGGUCAUUCUGCCCUCUGAAUGGCGCGCGUGGUCCAAUCUUUCCAGCGUCAGCAAAGACAAGCAGGUGCUUUACCGCUACCUGGAAGGCAAGGAGUGCCACCGCAGUGCGCUCUCAUCCUACAUGGAUGAAGUGGCCCUCUCCUGUCAAACUGGGACAGAUGCGCCGUGUGACGUAUGCCUGGGCAGCUUGACACAGCAUCAUGCCUCAACAAGCUCCUCUUCUGCCGCGCCAAGCACCAUGAGCCACACAGGUGCUGCCAACAUAGCCGCAAGCAGAAAGAAGAUGCAUCAAGAUCUGGAGCGGUACGAGGACAACUUGCUUGCGGUGGCUGGGAGCUGCGUCAUGUGCCGUGCAACUGGCAAUGACUCCAAUCAUCAGACGCACCAGUGCCCCAUCUACUUUGAGGACUUUAAGGCUGCUAGAGAUCAGAUUGCACCGUAUCACGCCUGCUUCUGGUGCUACAAUCCGCAGGCAAUCUGCAAGCGCGCGUGUGGUCAGGAAGCAGCUGCAUGCCGCUUCAAAGAUGUGGUGCUGCCUAUCUGCUUUGCAGUCUUUGCUAGUGGACGUCGAGGCAAGUGGUUGAAAGAGAAGACUAAGCGCAGCUUCAAAUCUGCUGCAGAGUUUCUUGUCUGGUGCGGCACCUCUUGCCGCUUUGGCGGAGACAAGGCAAUUGAAGGGGUCCAGCUGGCCGCUGCAGCUCUGGAAGAA